CGGCACAAACUAUGCGGGCGGGGUGUGUCUUACUGAUUAGCGUAUCGACACACAGGUACCUUUUACACCUGUUCGACAAGGCUGAGGUGCCACGACUACCGGCUUCGAGCCCCCUUCACAGCAGCACAAUGAGUCUGCCCGACCACAGAGCCCCUGGGAAGCAAUUGACCGCUUAUUCACAGAUGAACUCCCCUGUUGUAAAUCUGAAUGUUGGAGGCCAGAUGUACAGCACAACACUUAACACCCUGCGAAAAUAUCCAGGAUCUAAGCUGGCUGAAAUGUUCAGUGGACAGCCCAAGCUGCGGGUGGAUACAGAAGGGCGUUACUUCAUUGAUCGAGAUGGCACCCAUUUCAAGGACAUCUUGGAGUUCUUGCGCAGUCAGACCCUUCCUACUAGUUGUAUUCAGGAAGUUUAUAAAGAGGCUGUCUUCUUUGACAUUGAACCUUUGAUCAAACAAUUGGAGGACUCCCCAAAAUUGUUUGGAGAGGUAGUGGGGAGACAACAGUUUCUAGCACGUGUACCCAACUACCGUGAGAACAUUGAGGUCAUGAUUAGGAUCGCCCGUGCAGAGGCCGUAGCUGCUCGCCAGUCUGGUGUCAUUGUCUGUGUCCUCAGAACUGAGGAGGAUUCCUCUCGCUACAAUGAUGCUAUCAACAGCUUGGAUGCAGACAGGGAAUCUGUGGUCCGAUUUGGACCCUGGAAAGCUCCUCCCACUAUUACUGACUUGCUUGACUGCAUAAAAAUGGACAUUGAAGGCAAAGGCUACAGUGUUACAUACCAACACCAUGGGACAGACAAAGGAUUUCGGUUCAAGACUUAUGAUUUUUUUUAUAAAUUUACGUUUUACUGGUGGUGAGCAAGAAAAAUAAAUUUUCAAAUGUUAACUCUGCACCAAACCCCAGUGAGCCAUCUUGGUAUUUUUAUUAAUGGUAAAGGAAAGUAAACCACAACUGUUUUUUUCUUUUUAUUGUUGAGCAUUAUUUUCCAGAGUCUAGUAUUAUGGGGUUUUCAUUUCAUGAAAGAAUUUAGCCAUUUUUCUUCCCCUCUCCUGCCUUUUUAUUGUUACAUUUGCAAUGAAAAUAAUGGAAGCAUGUUAUUUUUAUACUCUUAAUGCUGCCUUGAUUGUGUAAUGUUGUAAAAAAAAA